CUGGGACGGAGUGGAGGGUGCGCAGAUCUUGCUGGGGACACCAGGGGAGCCCUGGACGGGACAAAGGACAGGAGAAGAGCCAUCGUCCGGGGGGGCCCAACCCCCAGGAGCACCUCACAGGCAGGCUGGUGAAGCUGGAGAGGUUACCCAUCUCCAGCCGCUCUGCUGAGAAACACCUGGACCAAUUUCCAUGGAGACCAGGGGAUCUGAAGGUUUGGAAAAGCCCUGGAAGGAAUUGGUGAGCGGUUCCCAGGAGACUGACAAUGUGUGGGACAAGGGGAGACCUGAGUUACUCUCAGAAGAUGAGAAAACAUGCCACGCCAACCAAGGGACUCGAGACAGAGAACCUGGCCACUACAUCCCAAUUCAGAGAAACUCCGUCUUCAACCGCACUGUGAAACGCAAAAGCAAAGGCCAAGUCAGAGACGCUCCAGAACAAAAUACCCCCCAGCAGGCAGGUUCACUGGAAAAUGGACAGUCUGUAAAUGAGCCCCUGACCUUGAAUUCCCUCCAGAGCAGAAGGUCUCGGUGGAAAAUCCCAAUACAGCCACACCCAGGAGCCAAGAGAACAAGUGAGUCGUCCUCCACCCCGGGAAAUGGGGCCACACCCGAGGAGUGCCCGGCGCUCGCCGACAGCCCCACCACGCUCACCGAGGCCCUGCAGACGAUCCACCCCAUUCCCGCCGACUCCUGGAGAAACCUCAUCGAACAAAUAGGGCUCCUGUAUCAGGAAUACCGAGAUAAAUCGACACUCCAAGAAAUUGAAACCAGGAGGCAGCUGGACGCAGAGAUACACACCAACGCUCAUGGCUCCCCAGCCAGCGAGGAGACUCCAGAGGAGGAUGAGGACGAGGAGGAGGAGGAGGAGGAGGAGGAGGAUGAGCCAGCAAGCCCACCCGAGAGGAAGGCGCUGCCCCAGAUCUGCCUGCUCAGUAACCCCCACUCACGGUUUAACCUCUGGCAGGAUCUCCCGGAGAUCCAGAGCAGCGGGGUGCUGGAAAUCCUCCAGCCCGAGGAGAUCAAACUGCAGGAGGCCAUGUUCGAGCUGGUCACAUCCGAGGCCUCCUACUACAAAAGCCUGAGCCUGCUUGUGUCUCACUUCAUGGAGAAUGAGCGUCUGAAGAAGAUCCUGCACCCGUCGGAGGCGCACAUCCUCUUCUCCAACGUUCUAGACGUCAUGGCCGUCAGCGAGCGGUUUCUCCUGGAGCUGGAGCGCCGGAUGGAGGAGAACAUUGUCAUCUCGGACGUGUGCGACAUCGUGUAUCAUUACGCGGCCAACCACUUCUCGGUGUACAUCACCUACGUCAGCAACCAGACCUACCAGGAGAGGACCUACAAGCAGCUGCUCCAGGAGAAGGCAGCCUUUCGGGAGCUGAUUGCGCAGCUGGAGCUGGACCCCAAGUGCCGGGGGCUGCCCCUGUCCUCCUUCCUUAUCCUGCCGUUCCAGAGGAUCACACGCCUCAAGCUCUUGGUCCAGAACAUUCUGAAGAGAGUGGAAGAAAGGUCUGAGCGGGAGUGCACGGCAUUGGAUGCCCACAAAGAACUGGAAAUGGUGGUGAAAGCGUGCAAUGAGGGUGUCAGGAAAAUGAGCCGCACGGAGCAGAUGAUCAGUAUUCAGAAGAAGAUGGAGUUUAAGAUCAAGUCGGUGCCCAUCAUCUCCCACUCCCGCUGGCUGCUGAAGCAGGGUGAGCUGCAGCAGAUGUCAGGCCCCAAAACAUCCCGAACCCUGCGGACCAAGAAACUCUUCCGGGAAAUUUACCUCUUCCUCUUCAACGACCUGCUGGUGAUCUGCCGGCAGAUACCCGGAGACAAGUACCAAGUGUUUGACUCGGCCCCGCGGGGCCUCCUCCGCGUGGAAGAGCUGGAGGACCAGGGUCAGACACUGGCCAACGUGUUCAUCCUACGGCUGCUGGAGAACGCGGAUGACCGGGAGGCCACCUACAUGCUGAAAGCGACCUCUCAGAGUGAGAUGAAGCGCUGGAUGACCUCCCUGGCCCCCAACCGGAGAACCAAGUUUGUUUCCUUCACUUCCCGGCUGCUGGACUGCCCCCAGGUGCAGUGCGUGCACCCGUAUGUGGCCCAGCAGCCGGAUGAACUGACACUGGAGCUGGCCGACAUCCUGAACAUCCUGGAGAAGACCGAAGACGGGUGGAUCUUUGGCGAGCGUCUGCAUGACCAGGAGAGAGGCUGGUUCCCCAGCUCCAUGACUGAGGAGAUCUUGAAUCCCAAGAUCCGGUCCCAGAACCUCAAGGAAUGUUUCCGAGUCCACAAGAUGGACGACCCACAGCGCAGCCAGAAUAAGGAUCGCAGGAAGCUGGGCAGCCGAAACCGGCAGUGACCCCCGGCCGGGUCACUAGCCUGGCGGGAGGCCGAGGGCGGGCUGGAGCAGCGCCGGGCAGGCAAAGCCCGACGGACAGUGGAGGGGCUCGGGGGGCAGGCAGGCGCCUCAUGCAGGAGCCCCCCCACCCCUCUCGCUGCCCCAGGCUGAGUGCCCGUCUGUCUCGGUCCCCUCGCUUGCAAACUGGAGAAAAGGUGCCACGUCUUUCCUCUGCUGCAUUUAUAAAUGAGAAAGCGUAUUUUAAACAGUAUUCUGCUACCUCUCCCUCUUGUCUCCUGGAGGGGGUGGAUGUGGACCCGGCAUGCUCCAGGGGCCUUCCCAGGCACUGGGAGAGGCCCCCAACCCCGGGGGGUCCCUGGCCGAGGGCAGGCUGGAAGGAUUGUCAUGACCCCCUGCACACGUCCUUCUCGACCCUGGAAGCCAUUAGAAGCCACCAGGGGAGCAGACGGACCACCCUUGCCUGAGCUUGAUGAGCAGCCCGUGGUCUCCGAUCCAAAGGACUGAGAGACCAAAUGCCUCUGUCCUCCCCUCCCCAAGCCUCUGCCAGUCUCUGGCUGCACGGCCAGGCCCCGCUUCAUGGCAGGCCUACCAGAGCUUGGCUGAGGGCCCAUGCAACCUCUGGCUCCCUGACAAGCUGAUGUAACUUGUGUCUUCCGGCCCCUUCAGGAGCCCAGGUGUUGUGAGGAAUGAAUUGGUCACUGCAUCCUGUAUCGAUUUUGGUUUCGAGAAAAGCAAAUAUCAUUUCUGGCUGCAUUAAAAGAAGCAUCAUGUAUAAAAUAA